CAAUGACAAGUUUUAUAAAGAUGUCCUAGAAGUUGGUGAACUAGCUAAACUGGCAUAUUAUAAUGAUAUUGUGAUUGGAGCAGUUUGCUGUCGAAUCGACACUUCUGAAAAUGUUCGACGGUUGUACAUCAUGACCCUAGGCUGUUUGGCUCCUUACAGAAGACUUGGCAUUGGUACUGUUAUGCUUGAGCAUGUGCUGAACAUCUGUGAAAAAGAUGGUAACAUUGAUAACGUCUUCCUACAUGUGCAAGUCAACAAUGAAGGAGCCAUAAAGUUGUAUGAAAAGUUUGGCUUCAAGAUUGUUGAGGAAAACAAGAACUACUACAAAAGGAUAGAGCCUGCCGAUGCCUAUGUUUUACAAAAGUCCUUCAAGGAAGGUUCCACAGAUGAAAGGAAAACAGCUUCAGAGACCUCUAGUGAAGACACAACAGAUAAAAUAAUGUCAUAGCAUUUUCCCAUCUGCACAUUUACCACCUGCUUUAGCUUUCUUAAAAUUAUUCACUUUUGUAUUUGUGUGAGAUGACUAAGAAUGGUUUUCACAUUUAUUGACAUCAAAUAGUUACUUUAAAAUUUUCAAAGGGUAAAAAUUUAUGAUUUAAAAAUCUCUAUAAUACCAUUAGGCGUUCUUGGAAAUAGUAUAAAAUUGUUAUCAUGUUGCAAGUUUUGGAACUCUUUGAAUCAGUAUACAUGCAGGUACUAUUUAAUUAGUAGUCUUGUCAAACGGAAAA